AUGGAUUCUUGCUCGGAUGAUGUCUGUCACAGUACAGACGGAAGCUUAGAACAGGGGUCACAGGACGGUGAGCCGAGGAAUUUGCGCAAUACAACUGUCUUCCCUACGCGGCAAUCCUCCUUCGAUUUCCGGAUUAGUAGGUUAAUUUUUUAUCUACUAAGCAUAUCGAUUCAUCUGUACAACGAAUUGAUGCUUGAAGGCUAUCUAUCAUAUCACUGGCAGCGAAUUCAAGUACCACAACUUCUUUUCAUCACCUGGUGCUCCAAAAUCACUGCCGUUAUUAUCUUGGGUCCAUCAUAUUUUCCAAUUUCACCGACUACUUCGCCCAUGACCGGGGAUGAAGAUUCUUUGAUGCCAAAAAUCUCAGCUAUACGGGCCUAUGCUGUCGAAUUUAAAACUACUCCUCUGCCUUCUGAAAAUUUUAUCAAUAUUGAUCUUAUAUUCACCUUCUUCACAACCUUGUUCAAUCGAGUCGUUACCGCCUUACUUGUGCAUGGCAGUGAGACCUGGAUUUCUGUCUGUGGAAUCGUUUUGCUGGUGAAUAAACUAUCCGAUUUUCUCGUCCGUCUUAUAAUCUUCGUCAUGGACCCAUCGGGUGAGGCAGCUGGUAGAAUGGCAGCACAUGGUGGUCCUUGGGCAAUUGAGCGAUUAGGAAGAAACGGCGAGCUUGAGGUGGAGGUGCGUCUUGAGGAUGAAGAGGAUAAUGUAGAUUCGGGAGAUGAAGCAGAAUAUGUGGACAAUGUGGAUCAGGAGGAUAAUAUUGGAGGGAUUAACGAGAGAGGGGAGAUGAGAGUAGUAGCGAGAAGAGACCAGGAGCAGGAAUUUGAUGAGUUACCACGAGCAAAUAUUGCAGAUCGUAAUCGUCAUAUACAGGCCGUAUUUGAUGAUGAAGAAGAUAUCCCUGCUAAUGCUGAUCUACAGGAGGUAAACCAUAAGUUUCGAUUUGAUUGUUUAACUUAUACUUAUCGCCAAUUAUGA